GAGAGAGAGCGAUAGAGAGAGAUGCACAAGGAAUGUGGCACUAAUAAGAAAGCUGAGCAAGUGAGGAGGGCAAAAGAGGAGAAGACUGAAAAAACGAAUAGAAAUGCAAUAAAAAAAAGUAGAGAAGGAGGAGAAAAGGGGCGACACAACCAACACGUUAAUGGAAGGAUUAUAAUCCGCCGUUGGAGGGAUUUUUGACGCUCCCCAUGCGGAGAUUUGAGCUCAACUGAACCAUGCAGGGACUGCUGCUGCUUCUGAGUUUGGCGUUGAGUUUUUACAGAGUGCGGACGGCACGGUUCUCUCAGGAGCCUGCAGACCAGUCUGUGGUUUUGGGCCAGAGGGUGGUCCUGUCCUGCGUGGUCUUCAACUAUUCGGGCAUUGUGCAGUGGACCAAGGAUGGACUGGCAUUAGGCAUCGGAGAAGACCUUCGGGCCUGGCCUAGGUAUCGUGUGCUAAGGCUGGUGGAUGUUGGUCAGUAUAAUCUGGAGAUCUCAGCUGCUGAACUGUCAGAUGACUCUCUCUAUGAAUGCCAAGCCACUGAGGCUGCACUGCGCUCCCGGCGGGCCAAACUCACCGUUCUUAUUCCUCCCGAUGACCCAGUGAUUGAGGGCUCCCCAGAGAUCCUCCUCACAGCGGGAGUCCCUUACAACAUGAGCUGCAUGUCCCGUGGAGCCAAACCGGCCUCUGUCAUAGAGUGGCAGAAAGAUGGGCUGUCGAUUGAAGGGGCUGUCAGCAACACGGAGGUGCUCGCAGACAGGAAACGUGUGACUACACGAAGCUACAUGCCCGUUCUACCAAUAGAUACAGACACAGGGAAGAACUUCACCUGUGUGGCUACUAACCCAGCAGUACCGAUGGGCAAACGGGCCACUAUCACCCUCAACGUACACCACCCACCAGUGGUGACGUUAUCCAUUGAGCCUCGCUCUGUGUUGGAAGGAGAAAGUGUUACUUUCACCUGCCAAGCAACUGCCAACCCUCCUAUUAUGGGUUACAAGUGGGCAAAGGGAGGUGUGGUCAUACAGGGGGCGAGAGAGAGAGUGUUCGUCACCAAGGCGGAUCACUCUUUCUUCACCGAGCCUGUGUCUUGCCAAGUGUUCAAUGCUGUGGGCAGCACAAAUGUCAGUAUACUCGUUGAUGUCCACUUUGGUCCUAUACUGGUAGUGGAGCCUAAACCAGUAACGGUAGACGAAGACUCAGACGUCACUCUAAACUGCAAGUGGGCCGGGAAUCCUCCUCUCACACUGACCUGGACAAAAAAGGGUUCGAGCAUGGUAUUGAGUAAUAAUAACCAGCUCUAUCUGAAGUCAGUAAGUCAGGCAGAUGCUGGUCAGUAUGUUUGUAAGGCCAUCGUACCCAGGAUCGGAGUGGGUGAAACAGAGGUCACACUCACUGUCAACGGUCCACCUAUAAUUUCCAGUGAACCGGUCCAGUAUGCAGUUCGAGGAGAGAGAGGGGAAGUCAAGUGUUACAUUGCCAGCACUCCUCCGCCAGACAAGAUUGUGUGGGCAUGGAAGGAGAAUGUAUGGGAAAAGGAGAAGGGAACUCUAUCAGAACGGUACACAGUAGAACAGAGCAAGAUGACCUCACAGGGUGGAGCAGUGUUGUCCACUCUCACCAUCAACAACGUCAUGGAGUCAGACUUCCAGUCCACAUACAACUGCACUGCGUGGAAUUCAUUUGGACCUGGGACCAUGAUUAUCACACUGGAAGAGACAGAAACAGUUCCGGUUGGGAUCAUUGCUGGUGGCACUGUCGGCUGUUCAAUUCUUCUUCUCCUCUGUUUACUGGUAUUAGUGCUCUUCUUGUACAGGCAACGCAAAGGAAGUCGUCGAGGGGUGACGCUCGGCAAGCCAGAUAUCAAGGUCGAGACCAUAAACAAAGAGACCCACAGCCUGGAGGAAGACUCGGGCAGUGUCUCCACGGCAACACGCAUGGUUAAAGCCAUGUAUUCUUUUUUGCCUUCUGUGACCCUUUCUCCCUCCUCCCAGCCUUUUAAAGAUGACAUAGACCUCAAACAGGAGCUGCGCAGUGACACGCUGGACACACGCCAGGACUAUGAGCUCAAGGACCCAACAAAUGGCUACUACAACGUGCGAGCUUCCACCCAUGAUGAGGGCCGUCCAGCCUCCCGAUCCAUGCACUACUCAGACUAUCGCACUUCCAGCCAGCCAGGGGGUGCUGCGACCAUCAGCAGUAACUCAGGACCGCCUGGAGCUACUGCAGGUCCGGGAACACCGAGCAGCUUGGCUCCAGGGUCACGAGCAGGCUGCUAUGAACCUCGCCCUCCCUCUAGACUCUCGCACAACAGCUAUGCCCAAUUCAACACCUUCACCCGUGCCGGGCAGUCCCAGCAACCUCCACCAAGUUCUGGUCCACAGACUAGCGACUUCCCCACUGACUGCAGCCUCUUGGACUCUACCCCUCAGCUAGGAUAUGAAAAUUAUGGUUACCCUUCCCACUAUCCUUCAUUUCGGAUUGGGUAUGCUCCGCCUAGCCUUGCCCCACUAGAAAGUGGACCUGCGUACGAGAUGUACGGGGUUGGACCGAGUGUCUGUGCAGGAGGUGGUGCCGGGACCCCAGAGACUGGACUCGGUAAAUACGGAAGUUCCACGCGGUUCUCCUACACCUCUCAGCAUUCCGAAUAUUCCCACCGACACACACAGAGGAUGCAAACGCACGUGUAACGGAGAAGCGCAGUGUUUUCGUGAUAUGUUGUGCCAUUGUUGACCAUAAAAGUACACAUACUCACAGUCACACUCACACAUAUACACAGAAUGGAAGUAAUGAAUGAACCAGAGAUAAAAAAAAGGAGGCUGGAUGAAAAAUGAAAAGCUCAGAUUAAACAGAGAGCAAGAAAUGAGAAUGGGAUACAAGGCAGGAGAUGAGCGAAUUCUCUCUUUCUGUCUUUAUGUUUAAUCCCCAGCUCCAGGAGCUGACAGCGAAAGUCACAAUCAAGAGAAACUUGCAUUAAUGAAAGAUCUAAGAUCUUUAUAAUGCUCAAUAAAUAGUGAAUGCUCUGAAUAGGCAUGAUCACAAAGUAAUUCAUGAGAAAUGAAGGGUGCCUUUUGUAGGCUAGUAGUCUGUUUGACAUGGUUUCUGAGAGAGAUGUUCAUAUGAGAUACAUGUAUGAAUUCUCUUGAAUGGCUUUUUUAACUCCUCUCCUUAUGGGUGAACAUACAUAAACAUGUUCAGGUAAUAAUUCCCACCAAAAUCAGAAGAAAGAAAAAGAUAAAUAAAUUAUAUUUUGAAUAAAAAUUAAGCAUUUCUAGGACCAUUAAAUAAUUCUGGGGGAAACUCUGGCUUUAUUUUCAUGAAAAUCAAGCAGCCCCACCCCCCCAACGCCAAAUAAUCAUUACUGAAAAACAUUUAUGCAAUUUCAUUUUCAGGUUUUUUCUUUAUAAAUCCUAUUAUUUUCAAUGAAGAUUCUCAUUAGUUUAACACAAUAUUUGUUUUGUUUGUAUUAAAGUACAAAAAAAUAUUGUAAAGAAUUUUAUUAAAAUUAACAUAAAAGCAGAACAACUAAUACAACCGGGAUAUAUAAAUACUUCUACAUUUUAAAUACAAUAUAAUUUUUGUAUUAUUAUUAAAAAAAAAAAAUUACAGUAAUGACAAUGAGUUCUUUCUUUUUGGCAUUAUGGUAAUUCCAAAGAAGAUUUUUAAUUGUCAUGAUGUCACAAUGCAAAAUAUUGUAAUUGUCUUUAUUCAAUGUAAUGCCUUCUUUAUUAUCUUUUUCUUUCAGGGAGAAAUAUAACCUGGAUACUAAUACUAAUAUAUUAGAAACUAAUGAUCCAAACAUACAAACAUAUCUGAGUUUUUCCCAUUUAUAAAAUUUGACAGUGUUACUGUAGAGCACACGAGAUAUACUACAUGUUAAUACUCUUGAUUACCAAAGCAACUGAAAGAUUCAUUUAUUUUUUUGCUUUGCAUGGAAAUCAGAAUCAACCUGGCUAUCCAGUUUGCUGAGCUACCUUGUUAAACAGGUUACUAGCCGUACAGUGUAAUGCUAACUUACAUUACGAUAAACCAUUAGCAUAACUGGUAUGUUUGCAUAGUGUGGAGAAUCCAACAGCAUUUAAAAAAGCACAUUUGCCUGGAGUCGCAAGUUCUAAUCCAGGGCGUGCUUAGUGACUCCAGUCAGGCUUCCUAAGCAACCAAUUGGCCCGGUUGCUAGGGUGGGUAGAGUCACGUUGGGUUAACCUCCUCAUGGUUGCUAUUAUUUGGUUCUCGCUCUUGGUGGGGCGUAUGGUGAGGUGCGCGUGGAUGCCGCGGAGAAUAGCGUGAAGCCUCCACACACAGUAGGUCUCCGCGGUAACGCUCAACAAGCCACGUGAUAAAAUGCGCGGAUUGACGGUCUCAGACAUGGAGGCGUCUGAGAUUCAUCUUCCGCCACCCGGAUUGACGCGAGUCACUACGGCACCAUGAGGACUUAGAGCGCAUUGGGAAUUUGGCAUGAUAAAUUGUGGAGAAAAUCAAAAAAUGAAUUAAUUAAUAAAACAUUUUGAGCAUUUGCAUUAAAAUCAAUUGCCCUUUAAAUUUCACCACAAAGGAGAAUAGUUAAGGAAUGCCAUUCAACAGUUUUCAGACAUGGCCAUUUUUUUCACUAUCGUACAAAUAGCUCAGAACAGUUAAAUAUAUAUACAAAUAUACAGUAUACAUAUACAAGAAUGCCCCACUCUUUUCCUUGGUGCUUUUGCAGUGGGGUCAUUGUUUGCACUGCAUACCAGUAUUCUAGCUUAGAUUACCCUCAUAAUCGAUAUGUAAUCUCUCAUUUGCACACUAGGCUAGAGCAUUCUUUCCAUGUUUCGAAUAUUACCGAAAGAAAAAAUAACAUUUCUUUUUGUCAUGUUGUUUGUCAAGUGAUUCUGGACCAAAGGUUCAACGUUAGAGUAUCAGUCUUUAUUUGGGUGAUAUUCACCUCAACAAACAAGAAAAUAUGCAGAUGUGUUUGUUAUUGUUGUUUGCGAAUUUAUUCGGUCGCGAGUGACCAAGGGGUUUUUCGAGGGUUGUGAACAGCAGAGAAGGUCUAAAACUGUAUGAUCCAGCCUUAGGUAUCCAAAAUUUACCUUACUGAUCGAAGAUCAGGCUGCUAUCACUUUCGUCUUAAAGAUUACAAAGAUCAAAUUGGAACCAAUUUAAGGUUGGAGGUUGGGAGUGAUUUAUAACGUCUUGUACCCCAAUGCAAGCGUGCAUAUGACUUUGAUAUGAAGUUUAUAAUUGCUUGAUAGGUUGGAGGUUCUUUCACUCACUUAUUCACACAAACACACACCUGAUACUUGUGCCAAACAUAGACGCCUAACUUGAAGUAUUUUCCGCCAAUUAAGAAAAAACUACCUUAUGGGGACCAGAGACGGUCUCUGGCUAUGAACUGUCUUCAACAGAUUUUGAAGGAUGCCAUUAUCAAAGCAAUGAUUAUCAUCGAUGUGACUUCAGUAGUUGUUCUCGGAACAAAAAGAUACUCUCUAUGACUAGUUUUCAUCUUCGUCCGCAUUUCGAAACAACGAGCCCUGUAAAUACUUUCCCAUGUGUAAUUCUGACUUCAAGUAUUAUUUGACAUCAUCCAAUGUGAUGCACUCUUUAAAUGCAGUAUUGUUAUUUUUUUAAUUGCAAGAAGGAUGACAAACACCAUGGCAAUGGUACUUUGCAACUUGUAAGACAAAGACGAUGAGUUUUGUGUAGCUUGGCUGGGAUCCAAUAUGAUGCCAUGAGCAUUCAGGAGUAUCUUGAUAAAACAUCUUGAUACAUGCCUGAGCUACCUAUUGCUUAGCCUUGAGCGAUGACCUGUGGAGAAUCUUGUGGGAGAUGUGACUCAACCCACUGGACGGUAUUUGCAUCCCCCAUCUAAGAACUUGAAGCUCCAUGAAGACGAGAAGAAGGAACAAUGAAGGAGUAAAUAUAAUUUAAAAAAGAGUGGCCUUAGGAAAACAUGACUUUUAUAUUCCCUCACUUUAUAAACCGGCUUAAGGCCAGAGUGUGUGUAGAGUUUCCAUGAAGAUACGUGUGUUUUUGUGUGUGCGACUAAGCGUGAAUGUGUGUUUGAGUGCAAACGAGUGAGUAUAUGAAAACCUUUAUGUAAUCCGUUCAUUUACUUCUCUCAUGUUCCUGCUCCAAUACUUUUCUUCUGCUGGUAGGAGUGUAUCAUGUAUAAUUGUGUCUUAGAAAAUAAACGUUGAC